AUGAGCAGAACUUCUUCAACCACAUAUGGUGUCGAGACAGAUGCUAUGACAUUACAAAGGUAUGUACUGCACGAACAACGGAAGCAUCCAAGCGCUACCGGUGAUCUCACGAAUCUUCUUACGUCACUCAUGACCGCUUUUAAGGCAAUAUCGAGCUCAGUACGACAGGCUGGUCUGGCUCAUCUCUACGGUAUAGCUGGAAACACUAAUGUUCAAGGAGAAGAAGUGAAGAAGUUGGAUGUUCUAAGCAAUGAGCUCAUGAUUAACAUGAUCCGUUCAUCGUACACCUGUUGCGCUAUGGUAUCUGAAGAGAACGAAAACUUCAUAGAAAUUGAAUUAUCAAAGAGAGGAAAAUACAUCGUUACAUUCGAUCCUCUAGAUGGGUCGUCUAACAUUGACUGUCUGGUGUCAAUCGGAACAAUUUUUGGUAUCUGGCGAACACAAACAGACGAGCCAGUUAAGAAGGACGACUUACUGCAGCCUGGAAGGUCUAUUGUAGCGGCGGGUUACUGCCUAUAUGGUUCAGCGACAAUGAUAGUUCUCAGCACUGGACGUGGUGUAAAUGGAUUCAUGCUUGAUCCAAGCAUUGGAGAGUUCAUUCUUACUCAUCCAAAGAUGAGAAUUCCUGAAAAAGGAAAAAUUUACAGCGUGAAUGAGGGAUACGAGAGAGACUGGCCAAAAGCUGUCAAAGAAUAUGUGCACCACAAAAAGUAUCCAAAGGAAGGCCAGAAAUUGAUUGCUCAACGAUACGUUGGAUCUAUGGUUGCAGAUGUUCAUCGAACAAUGCUCAAUGGUGGAAUCUUCCUCUAUCCUCCAACAAGCGAUGCACCUCGUGGAAAAUUACGGUACUUAUAUGAAUGUGCGCCUAUGGCAUUUCUUGUGGAACAAGCAGGAGGUGUCGCAACAACGGGUAAGGAGCUCGUCCUUGAUGUUGUUCCUACGGACAUUCAUGACAGAAGUGUGAUUUAUUUGGGUAGCAAGUUCGAAGUCGAGGAGCUGCUUUCCUUCUUCGAGAAAUAUAAGGACGACUAG